ACAAAUAAAUAAAUAAAUAAAAAACCAGAAAGUUUGCGCAAAACUAUUUCCUCGGUGCUAUAAAUACAAGAGGAGCGCACAUCUGCACACACACGAGGCGUGGUCAGUCCGCGUUAACAGGUGGGGCGGUGUCCGCACGGCUGUUGUCUUUCUACCUCCGCACAGGGACUCGUUUCUCAUCUCCGCAGCCGCGCCAGCAGCAACAUGCCGAAGUGCCCCAAGUGUCAGAAGGAGGUUUACUUCGCUGAGAGGGUGACAUCACUGGGGAAGGACUGGCACAGACCAUGUCUGAAGUGUGCAAAGUGCAACAAGACACUGUCUCCUGGCUCUCACGCAGAGCAUGAAGGCUCUCCAUACUGUCACAAUCCCUGCUAUGGUGCCAUGUUUGGACCUAAGGGAUUUGGACGUGGUGGAACUGAAAGCCAUGCCUACAAAUAAACAGGACCUCGCAGCGAACACGUUCUCUGGAAAGAAGAUCGAAGUAACCACACCUAACAAAUAAAACCUGUAAACAUUUAGUGCUUUAAUUUAGAGAAAAAUGUCCACGUACUUUUAUUCUAUGACCUUUUGGACUGCAUUGUUUUAUUUCAUUUUUAAUUUUGCAUUCCCAAGUUUAGCCAUGAGGAGUUUGCACUCUGAUCACAUGUCGUCUGAAUAAACAAUGAGUCAAAUUUCA